GAUAAUACCAUCAUCUAUGCCAAAGAACAUGUCAGAAAUCCGACCUCUUAUCACCACCACCCCAGCGCCGAACGAUGCCACUUACGAGCCGCUUGGCGACGGGCUCUUUAAACUAACUUUGAGCCGCGAAAACAAAGCCGAAGUCUUCGAUUACGCUAUAUCCAAGCUCUCUGAAAGCGACUAUGAAUCCGCUCUCAUACUUCAAAACCUCACCACGUGGAAUCCGUCCGUUGCAUCCCUAUUCACCAAACGAUCCUCCACCACUAUCCUAGAUACACCAUUCCGCCUCAUUUUCCCCAACUCUGCCCUCCCUUCCUUCGACGAGACAGGCCUAUACGUCCGCCAAUAUCUUGCUAUAUCAUACUGCUGGCGUUCGGAAGAUUUCCUGCCCGAGGGGUAUAGAAAAUAUGGCAAUUGGCCCAUUAGCAAACCCUUCGUCGAAGCUAUUCUAAGUGAUAAGGAUCAUCCCCGCGAGGGUAUCUGGAUAGAUCAACUCUGCAUUGACCAGAAUUCUUUGGCCGAUAAAAAGAUAUCCGUUGCUGCGAUGGAUGUCAUUUAUCGCUCGUGUAUACGACUCGUGGUCUUGCUAGAAGACGUAUUCCUUGACGAGCGGGAAGCAGUACUACAUGAAAAAUACGAUCCCACUAAGAUGAAGUUUGAGAGGACAUGGAGACCCGAAGGGGAUGAAAGAGGCGUCUUUGCGAGUUUUUAUAACAAAGUUAAUGCCGCGCGGUGGUGGGAAAGGGCAUGGUGCUUCCAUGAGUUCAAUGUCAAUGAGCCGUGGAGUGAUAAAAGGCAGUGUAAUGUGAUUCACAAUGCUACAUUCAUUGUGAAUGGACCUUUAGGAUCGACAGUCAAGAUUAAAUGGGUUAAUCUCCAACUCAUCAUGGGAAGUGCGUUAUAUGUCCUCCCUGAUCCGAGGAGUAAUGUAUUAAGUUCGUUCAAAGGCCUGGGGAAUUUUACUGGUGUUGGCAGAGGAGAUGAUCGGGAGAAUGGAUGGAGGAGUAGCUUCAUGGCGAAGUAUAAUGGCGUAGGUCAGAAAGGGUGCACCCACUGGGCUGAUCGUCUGAGCAUUAUGAUCAAUAUGUGUGGGGUAGGACUUGCAUAUAUGGGACAGGAACUAAAGAGCAAAGAGGAAGUUCUGUAUCUCAGCGCCUUGCUCGCCCUUUCGGCCGGAGAAGUAUACCCGCUGAGCAUGAUCGAUGGACAGUCACUCACGUUGAAUAACAGUCCAACAUGGUUAGCACGAAGCAUUGCAGUAGGAGAUACCGCAAUUCCCAGGUUCAAACUCGGAAGCGUCAACGGCAUUUAUAGCGUAUCAACACAGGAAAUUGAGCUAGAUAUGAUCUUCCUUAACGCAGCAGGGGUAAUUGUCAAGGAUGCAGAUCUCAAACCUACGUACGACAUCUUUCCCAAGACUAUAAAGACUACACAGCCUGCGACCCAUGUCCCAGAACCGUAUCUCGGGACCACAAUGAACGCCCUCCCCGAUACGUCCCUCGACAAAUCUCGCCGCCGUUUCCUUGCUGGCUGUAUUAUAAACGGGCACACCUUCACUGUCAGGCUAUGGAGCCAGCUGAAGCGCGACGUUCUGGUACCGAACUACAAUAUUGGUGUAUUUAAAGACCUGGCGCCUAACCCUUUUCUAAAUACGGCAGCACGGAAUUUUAUAGCACAACUCCUACCGGUCUCAGCACUACUAGGAAUACCCCCACCCCCCACAUUUACUCUUGAAGACGCCCAGCUGUUUUUGACAUGGCUCACCGACCCGCGAUCUAUGUACUACAUCAGCGCCAACACGUUCCAUCUGAAAUGCACACGCGAUAAUCACGGAGCAUUUGUCACUGCCAUGUCUAUCAACGAGCACUUUAGUGAUGGGCCGGCUGGGGAGCUACGAGCUGCUGUGCCAACUGAUUUACUAGAUGCGACGUGCAUACCGUUGAGGGUGUGGAUUCUGCGACCUGCAAAGGGUGAGCAAGGAGAGGGCAAGUGGAGACUUGUGGGGAAGGCAUUGUUACUCGGUGAGCCAGAUUUGAUGAGCGAGGCGAGAGGUAGCGGGGGGAGGGAGGAUGCAGUGGUGUCGUUGAAGGAGAAGACCGUUGUUGGUGGUUGAUGUUCAGUUAUAUAGUAAAGUUAUGUCAUAGUUUGCUCCAGGUUGUUGAAGAUUUUGGCAAGGUCUUUGCUACAAGAUGUAGUUAUACGCCACAGCUAUCUUCGUUACAAACUUUCUACCACCUCUAUUUCUUAGAUUUCUUGUACAUCAAUGCAGAAGUCA